GAUCGCGCUUCUUUUGAGGGUCUCGAAUCCACCUUCGAAUCGAGAUAUAACCACCAUGCCGGCUUUCUUCCAGCUACCUCAUAUCGAAUCUUGUUCCAAGCGAGUUCGAGCUCUUUUUGGUGGUGAAUUUGUAGCUGAUUCUGGCAACGCCAAACUUGUUUGGGAACAUGCUUAUUAUCCAGUAUUUUACUUUCCAAAAGAUGAAGUACUUCAGAAGUACUUGAAGAGCGGAUCCGACGGAACAUAUGAUAUUGUUGUUGGUUCCAAAACGGCUCGAGGAGCUGUCAAGGCUUUUAAAGACGAUAGCAAACUUGCUGGCUUGCUUCGGGUCGAUUUCAAGGCUAUGGAUGCGUGGUUUGAGGAGGAUGAGCAAGUGUUUGUGCAUCCCAAGGAUCCAUACAAGCGUGUGGAUGUACUUCAGUCGUCUAGACACGUUCGCGUUGAGGUGAACGGAGUAGAAGUUGCCAACAGCCAUCGCCCUCGCUUCUUAUACGAAACAGGCCUUCCUGUCCGGACUUAUAUUCCCAAGACCGAUUGCAGACUCGAUCUUCUUGUGCCAUCCGAACUAACGACUCAGUGUCCUUACAAGGGCAUUGCAAACUACUACAAUGUUAAAACUGUCCCAGAUGAGGAGCCAGUCAAGAACGUCGUAUGGUGGUAUCGAAACCCCAACCUUGAAUGUGCUGCUAUCAAUGGCUUUGUCGCCUUUUACGACGAAAAGGUUGAUGUUUGGAUUGAUGGAGAGAAGCAAGUCGAUCCGCGAAACAAAUAGACGAGAAGUACAAUCGGUUCCGGCAGAUGAAUGAAAUUGAUUAUGCUUCAGUGUUCACAUUCUAUCCUGACUCGUUCACCCACCGACCCAGCAGCGUUUGUUCAUA